AUGAAGUUCAUCGUCCUGUGCUCUCUGCUGGCCCUAGCGGCGGCCCAACCAGCGAAAAACGACCUAUGGAAGGGCAGCAGCAUGGACCAGAUGGUGGACCAGACCAAGAUCGAAUGCGCGCAGAAAAACGACGAGGUAUCUUGCAUGAAGUUCAAGGUCCUCAACCUGCUCGACCAGAUCUUCCGCAAGGAUAGCUUCAAGGUUUCCGAGACGGUGGAAGUGACCCGCAACUCUUACCCGGUCGAGGAGGUGUCUGCACGAGGCGAGGCCUCCCUUCUGGAGAACGUGGAGAGCUACCUGUCCUCUCACGACGUGACCUUCAAGCUGCCACUGGACUCGUCGGUGAAGGUGAGCGCCAGGAACAUCGACGACGAUCAGCUCACCUUCGACGUCAAGUUCGGCCAGGGUCGCGCCGUUGAAGAGGCACGCAAGUCCAAGUUGAAGAAGGUCGUCAUCCCCAUCCUCGUGUUCGUUCUGUUGAAAGCAAUGACCCUCAUCCCUCUGGCCAUCGGUGUCCUGGGUUUGAAGGCCUGGAACGCGCUCCAGCUGUCUUUCUUCAGCUUCAUCGUCGCCGUGGGGAUGGCCAUCUUCCAACUGUGCAAGAAGAUCGCCGCCGACGGACACGGCGCUGCGUUGUCUUCCCACGGACCCUGGGAAUACCAAGCUGCCCAGUACAGGUCCUUCCAGAACGUCGAGCAACCGCAGUCCCAGUACGCGCAGAACCUCGCGUAUUCCGCACACGCGCAAUCGUAA